AUGGAGGUUUCUGCAAACGGCUCGAGUUUUGCCAUUGAGUCCUUGCUCGCUCACAGGAGCGUGACUGUACUAACUUCCAGAGGUGGCAGCGCGGGUGGACAGUGCCGGUCCCCGGCGGCUCUGAGCCAUGGGUCGGACCUGGAGUCGGAGUGCUCUUCGCUUCCCUCCCCGCGCAGGGACUCCGUGGAGGACAAGGUGCAGAGACUUCCACCCUCACAAAUCUCCCAGCCGAGGACUAUGGCUUCUUCCUUUCUUAUCAGAGACAUCUUGUCCGACUGCAAACCGCUAGCCACUUGCGCUCCCUACUCCAGCGACGCACACCGAGCGCACGAGGAUGACUUUCUGGAUAAAGACCACGAUUCCUCUUCAGAUUGUGAUUAUAAUGUUAGGGACGACACAGACCGGGAGAUCUCGAGCAGUCGCGACAGCCCCACGGCACGCAUGAAGAAGCCCCGGAAAGCGCGCACGGCCUUCACCGACCACCAGCUCGCGCAGUUGGAGAGGAGUUUCGAGCGGCAGAAGUACCUCAGCGUGCAGGACCGGAUGGAGCUCGCGGCCACCCUCAGCUUGACGGACACACAAGUGAAGACGUGGUAUCAAAACCGCAGGACGAAAUGGAAAAGGCAGACUGCAGUUGGGCUCGAGUUGCUGGCCGAGGCGGGAAACUACUCGGCUCUACAGAGGAUGUUCCCGUCACCAUAUUUCUACCCUCAAGGUCUGGUCUCCUCCCUAGACCCCGGCGCGAGCAUGUACUUGUACCGGGGAGCCUCCGCGCCUCCCCCGCCUCUUCAGCGCGCUCUGGUUCCGAGACUGUCCCUUCUCCACGAGCUUCAGGGCGGUGAAGCCCUGUCGGCCCCUCCCCAUCUCGGGCCCCUGGCCACGGCUCUGUCCCGACCGACCCCACAUCGCUGAACCAACAGAGACUGGACCCAGCCCUCCACGGUCAGGACUGAGUCGGUGACACUAGGACCAGGCAGGUGCCCAAUUCAAGGACUCAGAUGAACCGUUGGUCCCGAUCGCCCCCCUCCUCUCAGGACAGACUCUGUGUGCUUUAUAAACCUGGAGUCAGAACGCCACGGACUUUACAUGGUCGUGAGGUUGUACAUGAUCAAACGAAUGUAGCUUACAUUAUUUAUUAAAACAGAA